AUUCAGUUUCUAUUAGGUUUGACUGUGCAACAUCUUGGACGACAAUCAUCUUCAUACUCGCCGCCGAGAGACGUCUCAAAAUUGUGGUUAUUUAUGGUCGCCUGUGACAACGAUUAUAACGCUACCUUGCGUGGAAAUGUCAAAACGAAGGAAAGAGAUUUUGUGAUUCCGUUAUUGCUUCAUCUGUGGGCAUUACUAUCAAGUCGUAUCUAUGAUACAGGAAAGUGUGUAGUUUGAUUAUAGUGAAAGUAAUGCUAGCCAUAUAAAUCGACUGGACCGUGAUUCGGCCCUAUGAACGGCAUAUGACAAUAGGCAUACAAUGGCAAAGACGUAUGAUUAUUUAUUUAAGUUACUGUUAAUCGGUGAUUCCGGAGUUGGUAAAACGUGUGUGUUGUUUAGGUUUUCAGAAGAUGCGUUCAAUACAACUUUUAUUUCAACUAUAGGUAUAGACUUCAAAAUUAGAACAAUUGAACUUGAUGGGAAGAAAAUAAAACUUCAGAUAUGGGACACGGCUGGACAGGAGAGGUUUCGCACAAUUACCACCGCAUAUUACCGAGGAGCCAUGGGUAUCAUGCUGGUAUAUGAUAUUACCAAUGAGAAGAGCUUCGAAAACAUCAAGAACUGGAUCCGUAACAUUGAGGAAAAUGCCUCGGCCGAUGUCGAGAAGAUGCUGUUAGGAAACAAAUGUGAACUCAAUGAGAAGAGACAGGUGACAAAAGAAAGAGGAGAGCAGUUGGCAAUAGAAUAUGGGAUCAAGUUCAUGGAGACGAGCGCCAAGGCCUCGAUCCACGUAGAAGAAGCGUUCUUUACGCUAGCAAGGGAUAUCAAGAUGAAGAUGGAGAAGAAAUUGGUAAGUUGCUUUUUUGAUAUUGGUAGGAAGCUUAGUUCAGUUACUUUAAUCAAAACGGGAGUCACAUGCUUUGUAUCCCACAAAUUG